AUGGAGAGUGCAAAGGAGGAGCAGGGGGCGCUGGCGAUCGAGGACAUCGCGGCGAGCGAGGGCGCGCUGGUGGUGGCGUCGCAAGCGCUGCUCCCUCAUGGACCUCCCACCACCUACGGACCUCAACGAAGAGAGGACGGCCGUUCAAAGAAGGACGGAAAGGGACAUGGGACCUCGAGACAGGUGGAGGUCAACCCUUUUUGGAGCCAGACGGUCAAGGACGAGGCCAUGCUCCGUGCGAUGCGGCCAGCAGGACUUCCGGAAGCCUCUACAUCGACGACAAGACCUACGGCAUCCGGUGGUGAUGAGAUGGGGGUGGACAUCCAAGAAGUCCUGAGAGCAGUCAUGUCGCAAAAUUCGAUGCUCAAGAGGGAACUGGCGGAUUUGAAGAAGAAAGUGGAGGACUCCUGCAAGGAGAAGGACCGGGAUUUCAAGGAGGCAAGUCGACCGAAGCCUCCCGCAUCGACACCUCCACCGAGUCCACCAUCGGGACCGCCGCCUGAUACCCCAGAGGCUGAGAAGGGUGGAAUGAACGACGAGGAGAACCAGGUAAGCUAUGUGACCCAGCUCAAUGGCGACCGGGAGUAUGUCAUGACGCUGGACGUGGAGCUCCACCUGUACCGGAAUCUUGGUUGGGAGCACUUCAUGCUGGACACCAAGGAGGGCAGGGUCAGAGCUAUGAAGGGAAGGAAGUGGCAGGGACUCCACAUCCUGGAACCCAAGGAGGUAUAG